AUGUCCUUUGCGUUUGAUGACGCUACAACACCAGCAUGGGGCCCUGCCGCUGAUCCGAUAGGUGCAGGAGAUCUAGUCAAAGACGCGAUUCGGAAGGAACAGGUCAUAAAAGACAUCGCUGCAGCCCAGAAUGACCUUCGAGCGCUCGUAGAUCGCGUCAAGGCGGUUCAAACCGACGUCGACAAGCUUAGUUCUGGCAAUCAGACGCUGCAGAUGUAUAUUGAUAAUCUCACAAUGCAAAUGGCAAAGCGUCGGUAG